GAUCAGGAGCAGCUAAAAGCUAACAAAGUCAGAGCUGUGUUCAGCUAUUUUUCUCCGUUAAAUCAGUAAAAUGAGUCCGCCGUGCGGCUGCUGCCGUGAGAACAUGAAUAAACUGAACCAGCAGGUUUCUGUGAUGCGGAAAGAAAUCAAGAACCUCAGACAGGUUCUGGACAGUUCUGUCAGAGCUCAUCGCAAACAGCUGGCGUGUGUUCAGGCUGCUGUUUCAAAGAUGACUUCCUGCCAAGAUCAGGACCAGGACCAGACCCCGACACCACCACAGUCUGCGCUAGAACAAG